AUGUCUCAAGUAUAUUUGCAUCCACCUAAUCAGACGUUGUGUGCAGCUACAAAUGGUACAGAACUGAAAUCAAUCAUAGAGAAUGAAACAACAAAUGAAAAAUGGACCGAAGAUUCCUUUCCAGGAUUAGAAAUACUGUGCACAAUUUAUGUUACAUAUGCUGUGAUCAUUUCAGUGGGUCUCCUUGGAAAUGCUAUACUCAUCAAAGUCUUUUUCAAGAUUAAAUCAAUGCAGACGGUUCCAAAUAUCUUCAUCACCAGCUUGGCAUUUGGAGACCUGCUGCUUUUAUUAACUUGCGUGCCUGUAGAUGCAACGCGGUACAUUGUGGAUACCUGGAUCUUCGGGAGAAUCGGGUGCAAGCUGCUGUCUUUCAUCCAGUUAACAUCAGUUGGAGUGUCAGUGUUCACACUGACUGUUCUCAGUGCUGACAGGUACAGAGCCAUUGUUAAGCCCCUGGAGCUGCAGACCUCGGACGCGCUCCUGAAGACCUGCUGUAAAGCUGGCUGUGUGUGGAUUGUCUCCAUGGUAUUUGCUAUCCCCGAGGCUGUUUUUUCAGAUUUGUACUCUUUCAGCAAUCCGGAGAAAAAUGUAACUUUUGAGGCAUGUGCUCCCUAUCCCGUAUCUGAGAAGAUACUGCAGGAAGUGCAUUCCCUGAUUUGCUUCCUUGUGUUCUACAUUGUGCCACUGGCUGUUAUUUCUGUCUAUUAUUUUCUUAUCGCCAGAACUUUAUACAAAAGUACAUUCAACAUGCCAGCAGAAGAACACGGUCAUGCCCGUAAGCAGAUUGAAUCCCGCAAGAGAGUUGCAAAAACAGUGCUGGUGCUUGUUGCUUUGUUUGCCUUUUGCUGGUUGCCCAACCACAUCCUCUACCUAUACCGCUCUUUUACAUACCAUGCUUCUGUAGAUGCUUCUACCUUUCAUCUGAUAGUUACUAUUUUUUCCCGUGCCUUGGCCUUCAGCAAUUCCUGUGUCAAUCCUUUUGCUCUUUAUUGGCUGAGUAAAAGUUUCCGCCAACAUUUUAAGAAGCAAGUCUCGUGCUGCAAGGCCAAGCUUCGCACAAAGCCUCCCAGCGCUGCCCACAGCAAUUCACCCCCCAGAGCUCUGUCAGUCACAGGCAGCACACACGGCUCAGAAAUCAGCAUUACUCUGCUGACAGAUUACAGCAUCACAAAAGAAGAGGAAAGUGUGUAG